GUUGAUUUUUAUUUUUAGUUUUUGUGCGUGUGUUGUUUGGGUAGGUUGUGAUUUACGUAAAUAGUAGGUAAUAUCGUUAUUAUCGUAUUAUUUCCAAAUAAGAAAUUGAACUCAAUUGAGAGCGAUAUUCAUAAAUAAAGUAAUACAUAAGACGAUCUUAUAAGUUAUGUUGUUUCGGCAACAUUUUUCGCUUUAGUGAUGUGCUACUUUUAGUCCAAACCAGUUAUUUUUCGCUUGGUGAAUAAACUUUACCGGAAUUUUAGUGAAAAUGCCUUCAGGACAGAGAGAAGCGACGGUUUCUAUACCGCUAACACCGACUAGAUCAGACAUGUACUGGCAACGAAUAUUUAACAAGUACGACAAAGACAACGACGGCAGGAUAUCCUACGUGGAACUGAAAGCGAUAAUAGAAUCUAGGGAGUACGACCACGAUUUACCUGACAAUGUGGUGGAGAAAAUCAUGGGCCUCGCCGACAGAGACAACUCAGGUUAUCUGGACUUCGCUGAAUUCGUCGAGAUGAUGCAUCACCCGGCCCUGAAGGCGAUAUUUGGACAUUUCGUCGCCAGAUAUGUCCAUUCCAUCAUACCACAGAGGAACCCAGUGGAUACUAUAGCUCCACGGACAUAUUUUCGAGCGGUCCCUGUUGACAGCGCCCGAAUCCAUAGCCGAAGCAUCUUCACAUACACAGACGGGACCUACGAAGAGGAGUACACGUGCUGGCCGCCAGCCGUCUGCAUGAUCCUGAUAUCCUUAGUGGAAAUAGCCCUUUUCUGCUACGACGCCAGCCAUGGCAUGACCCAAGCAAAUGGACCAAUAGCACAGCUGUUCAUUUACAACCCAAACAAACGUCAAGAGGCGUGGCGGUUUCUGACGUAUAUGCUGGUGCAUGUGGGCGUGGUACACCUUCUAGUCAACUUACUGGUUCAACUGUUCCUCGGCGUCCCCCUCGAGAUGGUCCACCGCUGGUGGCGGGUGACGCUGGUUUACCUGGCGGGGGUCGCGGCAGGCUCCCUGGCCACCAGCCUCACCGACCCCAAGGUCUACCUGGCCGGCGCUUCGGGAGGCGUCUACGCGUUGAUCGCAGCUCAUAUUGCUACCAUCAUUAUGAAUUGGAAGGAAAUGGAGUUCGCGAUCAUCCAGCUACUGGUAUUCCUGCUUCUGGCUGGCGUGGAUGUGGGCACGGCGGUGUACGACCGGUACUUCAGGCCGGACAUCAAGCAGAAUAUCGGCUACGUGGCGCAUCUAGCUGGCGCCGUCGCUGGUCUCUUAGUUGGCAUUGGAGUGCUACGCAACCUCGAGAGGAGGAAGUGGGAGAAGCGGUUAUGGUGGGCCGCGGUGGUGCUCUACUUCUCGCUCAUGAUAUCAGGGAUCCUGGCCAACAUUUUCUGGACCGAGAGGUUCCUGUGAGCUCGACUUUUUGUGAUUUAUAGAAUAAUAGUUCUUGUGCCUGUCGUUUUAUAGUUUGUAAUUAAUCGGCAAGACUGUAAUCAGUCCUUGUCUUGUUCCUGUAAUCUGAUCGGAUAUGAGGGUGGGUCCUUUUAUCAGAUCCAGUGGCAAAACAAAUAUAAGUAAUCAUUUUUAUGUUCACAUUAUCUCAAUACAUAGUUGUGAAUUUUAAUCAAUAAAAAUAACGAUAACGAACUAUAAAAUAUGAACUAUAAAUGACAAUUACCAGUGUUGCCACUAAUACACACUUGUAACAGUAGUAGAAAAUACCUCAGAUUUUGAAAACUUUUUGAGACUACUUUAUAUGUAACUAUAAUUUAGUUCCAAAGCCGGACUCUUGCAUUUUUUAAGUAUUAAGCAAAACCAAGUAUUCAUAAUAUUGAAUUGUAAUUACGCUGAAUUCGACAACAUGUAUCGGUUCGCACAAAUUGUAUUGUUAUACAGUAUUAGAUAAUAGAAAUUUACAAUUUUGAAAACUAUUUUUAGAAAUUCAUUAGUAGUACGCGUAUACGCCUUGCCUUACCUAGUAAUCAUUUUUGAUACUGUUUUAAAUCUGAAAGUUCCUUUAGUCGAACUAAUUGUUAUUUGUAACCAGUAUGCUACUGGAUGGGUAAAAAUCGUUAUUUCUAUUAUUAGAUAUCAAUUUUGUGACAUGUCCAUUUUCUCAGCUUUAGAAUUGUACUUAUAAAAAGUGCCUUUGAAUAUUUUUCCCUAUAAAAUUGAGUUUGUAAAUUUAGUGCACGUAGUUAUGUUAGUAAGUAUAAGUAUUUGGUUAUAUGCACCAGGCAGCUUUAAUUUGAAAUAUAAAAUUAGUUUCAUUUAUUCAAAAAAUAUCAACAGUAUACAAAACAGGGAAUAUAUUUUUGAAAUAUCUUUUGUAGUUGAUCAAAGUGACUCAAAGUAUUAAAAAAAUAAGUCAUUAUUUUUUUAGAUGUGUCAAGUUUCGUUAAUUAAUGAGUUAAAGUCGUUGGUUAAACUCGUUGGUUAAACUCGUUAAUUUGAAUUAAAUUCACUUGAAGAUUUUUGUAUAGGUUCAAAGUAAGCUAUUUUUAUUUAUUUGUAUAAUAAAAUUAUUGCGGCAUGUGAAGCAUGUUGAUUUAUAUUUAAAUGCCGUACAGAAACGGUUUUUACAACUUUGCCAUAAUAAUACUAUUAAAUUGUAAUUUUAAUAAGUAUUGAUAUGUGCCUUAACUUUUUACAUAAAGAAUAAACUGGACAGUUUUCAUAACUGUACCAGUUAACAAAAAUCGUCUAUGGGAAUUUUUAGACAAAUGUGUAUAUAAAAAAAAAUAGAUCGUAAGUGCAUUUUGUAUCAGAGUAUUUUUUUAACAUUUUGUAUGUAUAGUUUGCUGUGAUUAAGAUGUAUAUCUGUUGUUUUUGUAAUGUUAUAUAGUAUUAAUAAUAUUACUUUCUGAAACACUGACAGUGUCUUUACGACAACCAGUCCUGAGAAAUCUGUUACAAUAACCAUUAUUAUAGUGAUAAUCAACUUAUACCGCAUCGCUCCCACCCGUCCCGCACGUCCGUAGUAGACCGUUGUUAACAUCAAAUCAUUUAGUAAAAGUCAUGCAGUAUUCUUUUCUCCCUCUUGACACGCUUGGCCUAACGACCAAUUUUCACUUGCAAUUUUUUCGCUUUAGAUAUCUUCAGGAUUCACGACACUAGUAAGUCUCUCCAAUUUGCUCUAAAAUUGAUUGAUUGAUAUAUUUUUACAUUUUUCCUAGCAAAACAAACAUUUUAAACCAAAAGAAAAGAUUUGUGUUCAUCUUAAUUUAGAUAUUUUUAUUAUAAAGUCGCGAAAUGUUAAUGUGGUGGGUAUUUUGAUUAUUUAUUUAAGAGUUAGUUAAAGCUAGAUUAAGUUUCUGUUAUGUAAUCGAAUGCACAAUGUUCAUGUGAGAGUGAAGUUAGCUAAGUCGAAAUACAUGCCAAUUAUUUUA